AUGCUUGGGGUGCUAAAGAAGAUCUCCUUGGGGCAGUGUGUGAUGGUAUUUGUGGCUGUUUUGGCCAUUUGGAGGCCUAUUUGGCUCAAGGAUUUCUGCAAGGAAUACAUUGUUCCCCAUUUCUUUGCUAAAUCCGUGGCUAAGACCGCUCCGGGAGAGAUGCUGUUCACUGUGGAGGAGCUCAGCAAGUACACUGGAGCCAAUGGGAGUAAGGGAUUGUAUAUAGCUAUCAUGGGAACGGUGUAUGAUGUGGAAAAGGGGCGAAAGCACUAUGGUCCGGGUGGGACUUACCAUUUCUUUGCUGGUCGCGAUGCCACGACGUCUUUCAUCACUGGGGAAUUUGAACAAGUCACUGAGGACCUAGAUGAUGUCCUCAAACUUGCUCCCCGUGAUUUACUGUCUGUGAUCCAGUGGAAGGAAUUCUACGAUAAAGAGUACAAGCAAGUAGGCAAACUUAUUGGGAGAUUCUAUGACAGUGGAGGAGGGAGAACCAAGUACUUUGGCUAUGUUGAGGCAAAAAUCCACGAAGCCCGGGAAGAAAUUAAAUCCAGUGAGAAAAUCAAAGAACAGUUCCCAGCCUGCAACACAGAAUGGAGUGCAGACAAGGGAACAACAUUCUGGUGCACCAACAGGAGUGGUGGCAAGGAGAGAGAUUGGGUGGGUGUCCCCCGGAAAUACUUCGAAGUUGGCCGAUCAGACUACCGCUGUGCCUGCGUUCAUCCCGAUCGCCUUGAUUCCCCCAAUCUCCAAGAGUUCCCUGGCUGUGAUCCCACAUCCGACAGGUGCAUUUACAAAUUCGACGAAGCCACAGGAUCAAACUAGGCACUAAAAGUAUUAAAACUUCUCAGGGAGACUCCCGGAAAAUAUUCUUAGAAAAAAGUAAGGUUAUGUCAAGUUUCUUUUGGGGAAGAUUCGACUGUCGCUGCGAUUCUGGAAAAGGUGCAGUUAUUCACUCUUUCACAACUUACUGACCACUGUAAAAUAUUUCUCCAAUAAAAUGCUACUCAAACUA